AUGUUCACAUCGCUGCUCAACAGCCAGACGUUGGUGGACGUGACCCUGGCGGCAGAGGGGCAGCAGCUCAAGGCACACAAACUAGUGCUAUCCGCAUGCAGCACAUACUUUCACUCACUAUUUGUGGACAACCCGUCACGGCACCCCAUCGUUAUAUUAAAGGAUGUCAAGUUUGCAGACCUCCGCACUAUGGUUGACUUCAUAUACUACGGAGAAGUAAAUGUUACAGAAGAUCAAUUGCCAAAGGUGCUGGACACAGCCAAGAUGCUGAAGGUGAAGGGCUUGACGGAGAUGCCGGACUCAACGUCUCUGACGCGCGCCCACGGCUCGUGCGACGCGCGCGCAGACCUCGCCGACCCCACGCCCGCCUCGCCGCCCGCGCGACGGAAGAGACGAAGACAGAGUUCCAACGGUUCGACGUGCAUCGCUCUGGAGGGUGAGCGCACGGACGAGCCUCCCACCUCACUAGAGCAAUGCCGCGCGGGAGGGGGUGGAGGGGGCGCUGGCGGAGGGGGAGGGGGCGGGGACACAGUCACCCUCAGCAGCGUGCCGCAGCAGCGACGCGACUACGACGAUCGCCUGGACAGCGUGCAGCCGACGGCGGAGAGCAUAAACGUGGAACCAAUGGGCAUGGAACCAAACGCAGGGAUGGCGCAGCAAGAGUGCUUCAGUCAGGGCGGUCUGAAGGUGCGGCGGCUGAAGAAUCUCAAGCGCCAAAGUCGCGUGGCGGGCGAGGUGGCGGGAGCGGAAGCUGGUGCGACGGCCGUACGGAAACAGGCGUCGGAGCCCGCGCCCGCUCCCUCCACCGCCGCGCAUACGCCGCCGCUGCUCAAACACGACUCCUAUCCGCAGUACCGCGAUAAGAAAGACACAGUAUCACUGUCCCGAGUGCCGCAAGAACUUGUGCAUAGUGCCGUGCUUCCAUGAAUACCACGAUGAUGCUACUGCGCCCGCCACCGCUGUCGCUGUCGCGGCCGCUCCUGCCUCCGCUUCCUCCGCAGACGACGCCGCGAGGUGAGCGACAACCGACACGCAACACUAACGACUCUGAGAGACAGCAUUGAUGCCUCAUGGCGACUAUGUAUUUUCAUUAUUACAAGUCGUAUAUAGUCAUUAAAACAUGACUUAGUCAAAACGCAGCCAACUGUGACUAUGAAUACGUACACCUCACAAAAUCAACAGUGACCAAUAUGCUCGAAGUAUGUACUAAGUAAUUGUACGAACGGAGGCGUUUUAUUUGUUCAAAAAUGUUCGGUCAUCAAAGCUUCGCGUAUAAAUUAAUUAUUUGUGGAAAGUGAUUUUGUGUAACCAUUGCUGUGAAAUUUUGUAAAUAUUAUUUUAUUUAAAUUUAAUAGAAUGAAUAGGAUACAAUUUGAGUGUUUAUUAGUCGGAUUAUUAAAUAGAAAGAAAUUCUUGUAGAAAGAUUGUUUACAAUUUUAAUAAUCUUUUUCUUUAAUAUCGUUGUUAUCGUUACUUAGCGUAUAGUUAAACAAAUUAAUUAAUGUGUAUUAUACACGUUUAUUUAAUUAUAUACAUUUUACUAUUAUUACAACACUGUGCGUUGUAAACCAGAUUUUAAGCGUCCGUUAGCAAUAUAUGGUUAAAUAUGGUUUUUGUAAGAUAAUAACUUCUAAAUGUUUUUAUAAACCGUCUUCACGAAUAUCUGUAAAAAAUAGCACUAAUAAUAUUUACAUUUCUCAUGCAAUACUGUUAUGUUCACUUGACUAUUUAUGAAACGGCAGUGCAAUAUGUAUAUUUAUAAGUACUAUAAGUAGUGUAUUUUUAUAU